AAAGAAUUCCAGUUUGAUUACGAAUAAAAAUUCCUCAAAAGCCACGACGUCGUUCUCUCUCGAUAUCCCUCUGGUACCACUACCAAACCCUCCAGGCUCGGAGAUCGAUUCGCUUUUCCGUACCAAAAUCUUAGCUCCGAUCUGAGAGUGAAAAUGGAGGAAAGAGAGAGCGAGACGUCGAACAAGAAGAAGAAUAAGCCAUGGGCGUUUUGGAGCUGGGCGUUCGCUUCUGUUAUCUUCAGACUAGUACUCGCUUACUUCCCCCGAAACCUCAACUUCUCCGCCCGCCCCGAAGUCUCCACUCCUCUCACCAGCUUGCGCCGCCUGGCUGAAGGUUACUGGUUGAAGCAGUCAUCGAUGUCGCCCUAUGCUGGCUCAAUGUAUCAUGGAUCUCCGCUCUUGCUGUCAAUUCUAGGUCCUCUUACGGUUAGAAGGGAUGGAAAUGAAGGGCUGCCGAAUCAACUUAUCUGCAGUUUGGUUUUUGUGGUUGCAGAUUUUGUCACUGCAAUGCUUAUUCGUUCAACUGGCUUGAAUCUUCAAAUGGCUUAUAAUCAAAGCUUGAAAUCACUAGGCCUUGUAACAUUGUUGGAAAAUUCUGAGCUUAUUUCGUCAGGGGAUAUUGCUGCUCUUGUCUACUUAUGGAAUCCUUUUACCAUAAUCUCUUGUGUGGGUUUGUCUACAUCUCCAAUUGAAAAUCUGGUCAUCAUGUUGUCGCUGUAUGGAGCCUGUACACGACGAGUUCCAUUGGCAGCUUUUGGAUGGGUCUUGGCAACACAUUUGUCUUUGUAUCCUGCUAUUCUGAUUGUACCGGUGAUUCUUUUAUUAGGUUACGGUCCAGAUGCUCCCCCAAGGAAAUUGCUCCUGCAAAAAUUUAGAGAGAGUUCCUCAUGUGACUGCUCCAGUCAAGACAAGGAACGGACAUCUCUGCACAAGGAAAUGACAAAUCAAUCAGUGCAACCAAUGUUGUUCUCAUGGAAGCCAGUUGUGUUUUUCACUUUGUGGGCAUGCAUGUGGGCAUUCUAUGUGUUAGUUCUAUGUGCCAUUUCUGUUAAACAGUAUGGUGGUCUUCGGGAGAUGUUUAAGAGAACCUAUGGGUUUAUUCUCACUGUGGAAGACUUGGCUCCAAAUAUAGGCGUCUUGUGGUACUUCUUCGCCGAAGUUUUUGACUUUUUCAGAAAUUUCUUUCUGAUAGUCUUCCAUGUAAAUAUUCUAUUCAUGCUAUUGCCAUUAGCCAUACGGCUAAACCACCGGCCUUGCUUUCUGGCUUUCGUGUACAUUGCAAUCGCUUCCAUGCUUAAAUCUUACCCUUCAGUUGGAGAUUUGGCUCUGUACAUGGGUUUACUGGGCUUGUUUAUCAAUGAACUAGCAGAUAUGCAGUUAUCUUUCUUCCUCUUCUGCGGAUAUGUGGGAGUUUCUCUCCUUAGCCCCGUGAUGCACAACCUAUGGAUAUGGAGGGGCACUGGCAACGCAAACUUCUACUUUGCAACUGCUAUGGCUUAUGCUUGCUUGCAGAUUAUUUUAGUGGUGGAGAGUGUGGGUGCCAUGCUCAACCAUGACAGGAAGUUAAGAAAGCUAUCUGCCACGGCUGCUUGAGAUUGUGAAUCAACAAGAGGAGAGCUAUUUACCGCUAUUUACUUGCAGCAGAGGAGAGCUACUUUUACCGCUACAUUUUCUCAUGCUGCGAAGAUGUGCUACAACAGAAAAAAUCUCGAUUACGGUCCUUCAAAAUAUGUUCUUGGAAUCCUAGUCACCUUCUAUGUAUUUUUUUGGUAGUGUAAAAAUACUGUUCUAUCAGCAGACCAGUUUUCGUGGUUUUACUGUUUCACGCUUUCGCUAGCCGAGUAUACUGAUCAAAUAGAUUUGCAGAAUAUAGAAGAAGGCCGUUUGCUUUUAGAAUCAGGCUCAUGUUUCACCUUCUUUUCAAAUUUCUUUCAUUAUACAAUAUACAUUUCUAAGUCGAGGUAAAUGAUUUUAGAGCUCUCUGGAA